AUGGAAUACCUGCAACUUUUACUGCUUUUCUCCUUAUUUCAGACUCACUUAUACUCGGUUAUGUGCCAGAUGGGAGAUUUGGAUUCCACAACUGACAAAGAAGCCUUGCUGUCUUUCAAACUCCAAGUCAGUGAUCCUCAAAAUAAACUUUUAGGUUGGACACAGAAUUCUUCUCAUUGCAACUGGUUUGGUAUUUCUUGCAGCAGCAAUGGAUCCCGAGUUGAGUCCCUCCAACUUGGUAGACUUGGCCUUGUCGGCACCAUAGCCCCUUCCCUCUCAAACCUCACUUUCCUGCAUACACUUAACCUUUCCCACAACUUAUUUCAUGGUCAAUUUCAAUUGGAGUUCAGUAGGCUUUCCCUUCUUCAACAUAUCGACCUAAGAAAUAAUUCCAUUAAUGGAACUGUUCCUGGAAUUCUUUCUGAUUGUCAUAACCUUGAAACACUUAGAUUAACAGGGAACAAAUUUAGUGGCAACCUUCCAGCCGAACUAGGCAAUCUGCAAAGACUCAGAAUCCUGGAUAUCUCUAUCAAUAACCUCACUGGUUCACUCCCUCCUAUAUUUGGAAACCUUUCCUCUUUAACUUAUCUUGCUCUGGCAAGAAACGAGUUACUUGGUGAAAUUCCGAGUGAGAUUGGUCACCUUAGAAACCUUCAAACAAUUCAGCUUUCAGAAAAUCAUCUCACUGGCCAAAUCCCUUAUUCGAUUUUCAACAUUACUUCCUUAGUUUUCUUGUCUGUAACACAAAAUAACCUUUCAGGAAAACUACCAAAUGACAUAGGUCAAGCUCUUCCAAAUCUCAGGGAACUGUAUUUGGCAUUAAACAGGUUUGAAGGGAUUAUACCUGGUUCUCUACCUAAUGCUUCAAACAUUGAAUUUCUUGACCUGUCUAGAAACAGAUUUCAUGGGCCAAUUCCUCUGCUUGUCAACAUGAGAAAACUUAUCAUGCUGGACCUUGGUCAAAAUUCUCUCUCUUCUACAACAGCUCGGAAUUUUCAGUUGAUUGAUUCUCUUACAAACUGUACGCAGCUGGAAUAUCUGAUGCUAAAUUCCAACAGACUUUCUGGCGAAUUUCGCUCAGUCGCGAAUCUGUCAAGCAAUAUCCAACAUUUUUGCAUUUCUGACAAUUUGUUGACUGGUAGCUUUCCUCAGGGGAUUGAGAAGUUUCAAAAUCUCAUUUCCCUUUCAGUAGAGAAGAACUCUUUUACAGGUGAUAUUCCAAAGAGCAUAGGUACACUUAGAAAUUUACAGAGCUUUUUGGUCUACCAGAACAUGUUCACUGGAGAAAUUCCAGAAAUCUUUGCUAAUUUUACACUAGUUUCUGAAAUCAUAAUGGGAACUAACCUGUUCUCUGGUAGAAUUCCCACCAGCCUUGGAGACUGCCAGCAGCUACAAACAUUGGACCUGUCUUGGAAUAGGCUCAAUGGAAGCAUACCGAAAGAGACUUUCAGGAUUUCUGGUUUAAACUACUUGAUUCUGGGACAUAACAUGCUUUCGGGUUCUCUCCCAAGUGAAGUCGGCAACUUGAAGCAGCUUCAAGUGAUGGAUGUUUCUGAGAAUAAGUUGUUCGGAAAUUUAACUUCAUCAAUCAGUGGGUGUUCAAGUUUACUAUAUCUCAACAUGUCAAUAAAUAAUAUCAAUGGUGAAAUCCCGUAUUCAUUAGGAAAGCUAAUUUCAUUAGAGGUUUUGGAUCUCUCUUCUAACAAUCUUUCUGGAAAAAUUCCCCAGGACUUGUCAAAUCUUCAGUCUGUCAAGAUGUUAAAUUUGUCUUUCAAUCAUUUGGAAGGAGAAGUUCCAACAGGAAAAGUCUUCUUGAAUCUUAGCUUGGUUUCUGUCCAGGGGAACGACGCCCUCUGCAGUAGUGAUCAAGAAAUUGCUAGAAAUUUGGAACUCCCUCAAUGUAACACAAGGGGUAGAAAAAGGAAUCACCUGCUCAAAAUUUUAGUUUCUGCUGCUGGAGUUUCUUUGUUUGUAUGUUUUAUUUUCUGCUUUGUGUGUGUAUUGAUGUCCAGAAAGAAGAAACAGAAGGAGAAAGGCAGUAAAUCUUCACUUUCGUUGAAGGGGUUGCCUCCAAUGAUAUCUUACUUCGAUAUCCGGCUUGCUACAAGCAAUUUUGCUACUGAAAAUCUGAUUGGCCAGGGGGGUUUCGGGUCUGUUUAUAAAGGUACAUUCAGCGUUAGUGAUAAUGGAGCCCACAGCAACAACACUACACUUGCUGUGAAGGUUCUUGACUUGCAACAAAGCAAAGCCAUUCAAAGUUUUCUUGCUGAAUGUGAGGCCUUGAGGAAUGUUAGGCAUCGAAACCUCGUAAAGAUCAUCACCUCAUGCUCAAGCGUCGAUCAUAAAGGAGAUCAAUUCAAGGCCUUGAUUAUGGAGUUCAUGCCCAAUGGCAACCUAGAUAAGUGGUUAUAUCUAGAAGAUGAGGAAUCUGGGUUAUGUUUGACCUUGCUUCAAAGGCUGAAUAUUGCCAUUGAUGUAGCUUCUGCCAUGGAUUAUUUGCAUAACGACUGUGAACCACCUGUUGCGCACUGCGAUUUGAAACCUGCAAAUGUACUUUUGGAUGAAAAUAUGGCAGCUCAUGUGGGGGAUUUUGGAUUGGCGAGGUUUCUUUCUCAAAAUCCAUCCCAAGGGGAGAGUAGCACAAUGGGUGUGAAAGGCUCAAUUGGUUACAUUGCUCCAGAGUAUGGUCUAGGCAGCAAAUCUUCAACCAGUGGAGAUGUCUAUAGUUUUGGAAUUCUUCUGCUUGAAAUGUUCAUAGCCAAGAAGCCAACUGAUGGGAUGUUCACAGAAGGACUAAGCCUUAAUAAAUUUGCAUCAGCGGUGGAUAGUAAUCAAAUUUUCGAGAUUUCUGAUCCUAGGCUUUUGAAGAACGAUGGAAGUUUACUACAAAGCUCAUUUAACGCUUACUCAAGUGACAGCAGCGGCAGCAGCAAUAACGGCAUCAGCAAUAAUGACAGUAAUCAUUGGCCUAGGAAAUUAUAUGAAGAAUGUCUAGCAGCUGUGAUAAGAGUUGGAUUAUGUUGUGCAGCUCAAUCGGCCAAAGACCGUUUAUCCAUGAGAGAAACCUUGACGAAGUUGCAUGAGAUUAAGAAAAUUUUUCUUAAUUAA